AUGGGACAAUUUCUUAAACCUCCCCGAAUUGAAAUGGCUUCCAUACAACUCCCUCCGGUCCAGACCCCGGUCGCGAUCACGGACCAGUUCAUUGCGCAACAAACCGAGUCCUUGGUCCUGAAGGAACGGAUCCUCUCCCUCUCGGGGGAUAGCUUUGAUGUGAAGCUGGUUACUGGUGAACCUAUCUUCCGGAUCAAAGGCAAGCCCCUGAGUAUCUCGGGUCGCAAAUCGGUCUUUGAUAUGGCGGAUAAUCACUUGUUUGAUAUCGUCAAGGAGCGUCUGCACAUCCAUUCCACCUACGUGGUUCAAGCCCUAGAUGGAAGCAAGUUACUCGAGGUCAAGAGUAGCUUUUCCUUGAUCGGCUCGAACGCCACUGUAAUCUUUACACCCUCUACUACCGAGGGCCUUGUCUCCUUGAAUAUGAAGGGGAACUGGCGGUCUCGUAAAGCAGCCAUUGUGGAUGCUGCGACGGGGGCAGUGGUCGCGCAGAUUGAUCGCAAGCGAUUCAACGCUCGCCAAAUAUUCUUCCACCAGCAGACCUAUGUUGUGAUGGUCGCUCCGGGGGUGGAUCUGGCACUAAUCACGGCCCUUUGUGUCUGUUUCGACGAGAAGAAUAAUGACUGA